CUCUAUAUAUAUAAUUCUGAGUUUCUCACAUUGCAAGCACACUCGAGAAACCAUUCGAUUCCAGCUUUAGUAGUGUAAAGACAACAAGAUGAUUGGCCUUGGGACUUACGGUUGUAGUGCGCCAGCUGCGAGGAAGAUCAAUGCUUAUAAUGUCCCUGAAGGAGUAGACGUUCGGGGUCGAUUUGAUGAAGAGUUUGGUAAGAUUUUGACAAAGGAUGCUUUGCAAUUUGUGGCUGAUUUGCAGAGGGAGUUCAGGAACCAUAUCAAGUAUGCAAUGGAGUGUCGCAAGGAAGCGAAAAGGCGGUAUAAUGAAGGGGCAUUGCCGGGUUUUGAUCCAGCUACAAGGUACAUCAGAGAAGGGCAGUGGACUUGUGCACCAGUCCCACCAGCUGUGGCUGACAGAAGGGUGGAAAUUACGGGUCCUGUGGAGAGGAAGAUGAUCAUCAACGCUCUCAACUCUGGAGCUAAAGUGUUUAUGGCUGAUUUUGAAGAUGCACUCUCACCAAGUUGGGAAAAUCUUAUAAGGGGUCAAAUUAACUUAAAGGAUGCUGUGGAUGGAACAAUAACCUUCCAUGACAGGGCCAGGAACAGGGUUUACAAGCUCAAUGACAAGAUAGCUAAGCUGUUUGUUCGUCCACGAGGUUGGCAUCUACCUGAGGCUCACAUUCUCAUUGAUGGGGAGCCUGCAACUGGUUGUCUUGUGGAUUUUGGCCUUUAUUUUUACCACAACUAUGCCUCUUUCCGCAACACUCUGGGUGAAGGAUUUGGGCCCUUCUUCUAUCUUCCUAAGAUGGAGAAUUCAAGGGAAGCUAAAAUAUGGAAUUUUGUGUUUGAGAAGGCAGAAAAGAUGGCAGGAAUAGAAAAAGGAAGCAUCAGGGCAACUGUUCUAAUUGAAACACUUACAGCUGUCUUCCAAAUGGAUGAAAUCCUUUAUGAGCUUAGAGAUCACUCUGUUGGUCUAAACUGUGGACGAUGGGAUUACAUUUUUAGCUAUGUUAAGACAUUUCAAGGUCACCUGGAUAGAUUGUUGCCAGACAGGGUUCAAGUUGGUAUGACUCAACACUUCAUGAAGAGUUACUCUGAUCUCCUCAUCAGGACAUGCCAUAGGCGUGGUGUCCAUGCCAUGGGUGGAAUGGCAGCUCAGAUUCCAAUUAGAGAUGACCCAGCAGCAAAUGAGGCAGCCCUUGAUCUUGUAAGGAAGGAUAAACUAAGAGAGGUGAAGGCAGGGCAUGAUGGAACUUGGGCAGCUCACCCAGGACUCAUCCAAGCCUGCACGGAAGUCUUCACCAACAACAUGGGAAAUGCUCCCAAUCAAAUCCAAACCGCCAAACGAGAAGAUGCAGCUAACUUAACAGAAGAAGACCUAUUGCAAAGGCCUAGAGGGUUCCGUACCAUGGAAGGCCUCCGCCAAAAUACUUGUGUUGGGAUCCAGUACUUGGCAGCCUGGCUAACUGGCACAGGGUCAGUCCCUCUUUACAACCUCAUGGAAGAUGCUGCCACAGCUGAGAUCAGCAGAGUUCAGAACUGGCAAUGGCUGAAACACGGAGUGGAAUUGGAUGGAGAUGGAGUUGGGGUUCGAGUGAACCGUGAUCUCUUUUGGCGAGUGGUGGAAGAAGAGAUGGCCAGGAUUGAGCGAGAGGUUGGAAAAGAUAAGUUCAGAAAGGGACUGUACAAAGAAGCUUGCAAGAUUUUCACCCGCCAAUGUACUGCUCCUACCCUGGAUGAUUUCCUCACUCUUGAUGCCUAUAAUCACAUUGUCAAGCAUCAUCCUGAGGGUGUAUCUAAGAUCUGAACGAGCUCAUCACUUUCUUCCCGUGGAAGCCUAGAAUCCUGGGCUCGGUCUUGUGUUGUGUCAAAAACUACUGCUACUGCUAAUAAGUAAAUCAUCAAUCAUCAUUUCGGUGUUGGCUUUAGGGAAAAGCUUCAGCUAUGUUAAUUCAGCUCAUCACUUUUGAAUGACUGUCCUGAGUCCUGGCCCAGCCCAUAGCCAAAGUUUGAGCCCCAAUUCACAGCCCCAGCAGUGACAACCAUGGCACUCUCUCUCCUUUGAAUUAAAGGGCCAAGGAAAAAGAAUGAAAGACCUUGGUAAACUUUCAAAAGCUUCCAAAAUUCCAAAGGAAAAGUGAAGUACACAAAAAGGAAAUUAAUGAAAGUAAUUAGACGGCCAUCAUCUUGUUUGAUUGUUGACAAAAUGGCUAAAAGAAAGAAAAAGACAUCAAUGCUUGUUUAACCAAUCGACUGAUGAAAGUAGUGUGAAAAAAAAUGGGAAGUUAAAGCUUGUACCUAAAAAAUCCAAUUAGAAAUUCUGAUACAAUAGAAUAAAAACCUGCAAAAAUAACGACUAGGAAUCGGAUUCAUUUUGUUCCCCUUGUGAGGCUGGCCAGAGGAUAUAUAAGGCGAAAUUAUAUUCCUUGUUACAUUUCACCUUCAAUGGCAGUGUAUGAAUCACAGUAGAUUAAGGCUGCAUUUGGAUUGAAACGGAGCUGCAUUUAUCAUGAAAACCUGUGCUAACUAUAUUGUACAAUGCAAAAAAAUGCAUUUGGUUUACAUGAAUGGUGA